AAUUCGGAAUAGUAGUUAAUAGGAUACACACCUACCCCUCAUGAAUCUUCCUAGUCCUUACCAUCUUAAGGGUUGACCCACCUUACCCACAUCUUGCAUAUCUUCAUCUUUUUCUGUUCAUUUUUAAAAAAUACAUGCAGUUGUAUUAUGAAAUAUAUAUAGAUGCAAGUAUACAAAAAAUAUUCAUUUAAUUAACUUGGGGCUACUCCUAUAUAUACGUACUAGUCCCUCAUCUCAAUAACUCAUUUCAUUUCACAAUCCACACCUCUCUCUCUAGUUUUCUCGCUCUAGAACACUUCCAAGAAAUAAAAUUAAACCCAAAAAUGGACGGAAGCAGCAGCAGCAUAGACGAAAGCACAACCAGUGAAUCCAUAUCGACCACGCCACCGGCACCGCCGCCAGCGGAGAAGCUGUGCCGCGUGGGCAGCGGCGCAAGCGUGAUCAUCGACGCGGCGGAGAACGGCGUGGAGGCGGAGUCUCGAAAGCUGCCGUCGUCGCGGUUCAAGGGCGUGGUGCCCCAGCCCAACGGCCGGUGGGGCGCCCAAAUCUACGAGAAGCACCAGCGCGUGUGGCUCGGCACCUUCAACGAGGAGGAGGAGGCCGCCCGCGCCUACGACACCGCCGCGCAGCGCUUCCGCGGCCGCGACGCCGUCACCAACUUCAAGCCCCUCUCCGAGCGCCGCCACGACGACGGCGGCGUGGAGGCGGCGUUCCUCAAUUCCCACUCCAAGGCCGAGAUCGUCGACAUGCUGAGAAAGCACACCUACGACGACGAGCUCGAACAGAGCCGGCGCCACUACGGCGGCGACAAAUCCGAGGGCCCCUCGUGCUCGCGGGCGGAGAAGGCCCGCGAGCAGCUCUUCGAGAAGGCCGUGACGCCCAGCGACGUCGGGAAGCUGAACCGCCUCGUCAUCCCCAAACAGCAUGCAGAGAAGCAUUUCCCAUUACAAAGUGGGAACAGUUCAAAGGGAGUUCUGCUCAACUUCGAGGAUUCCGGCGGUAAGGUUUGGAGAUUCCGAUAUUCGUAUUGGAACAGCAGCCAGAGCUACGUGCUCACCAAGGGCUGGAGCCGUUUCGUAAAGGAGAAGAAUUUGCGGGCCGGCGACAUUGUCAGCUUCGCCCGAUCCACCGGCCCGGAUAGGCAGCUUUACAUAGAUUGGAAAGCCAGGAAUACCGGAACUCAUGCUCGGCCCGCCAUGGUCAGGCUCUUCGGAGUUAACAUAUUAGAGGUGCCCAGAAAUGGCAGCGGCGCCGAUGAUACUUGCGGUGGCAAGAGGUUGAUGGAGAUGGAGAUGGAGAUGCAGAUUUUCGGAUUGAAAAAUGCUAACAAGAAACAAAGGAUUAUUGAUGCUUUGUGACAUCUGAUUUCAAGAUUUUUUUUUUAGUUUCAGAUUUUUGUAGGUGUAUUUUGUUUUUGAUUUUUGUAAUCAUUACUGUAGAUUGAUAACUUAUGUUGGUACAAGUUGCAGGAAAACAUGUUUGUAAAUGUAGAAAAAAGGACUGGUAGAUGAAGAAGAGAACUUAGGUGGAGAUGAAAUUUCAAAAAUUAUACUCUAUAUAUGUGAAAGAGAUCAGUUCUUUUCAAGAUUUUGAAUUGUUGUAUAUAUAUUUGUGGUACGUACUAAUUAAUUUUAUUUUUAUGUUUUUCAA